UCAGAUUUUUCUUAAUUUGAAAUGACAAGUAACAGUAAAGGAUAGCAUUUGACUUACUAUAGACAAUGUUUAAAGUUUYUUCCAAAUCACUUUUUUUUAGUUUUGAUUCUGUUAAAAGGUCUUAAGAUCCAAGAAUACCACGGGGAUGCAAUGCCCAGGCUCUCCGCCUGCCCAGGUAAGGCACUACCCUAUACCCAUCCCUGUUUCUGCGUGGCUGAGGCUUUGCACCAGAAACCCAACUGCCUUCCUCGGUCUCGCUUCCAUUUCAACUUACACAAGGCUCCCCACCCCCACAUUACCCAAGGUCCACAAAUUUCAGCCGAUCCCAGGAUUUGGUGGUCCUCCUUUCGCUGAGGCGCUACUCGGCGGAGGCACCCUUCUGCUAGAUCCCUACUAUGACCAUUAGUUCAGUCAUUGUUCCUCAGGGUGAUGGGCCUACUAGGGCGGGCCACCUCCCUGCGGGGAGUCCGAAGGGYCCGCUGGCGUCUGAGAAGGGCCGGUGGGGGGCGCUUUCCCAACGUCUGUCGCAGUCAUAGGUGGUGUGAUGGCUAAAAGCGCCCAUCAGGUGAGUGCGACCGCAGAAGGAYGAAGAAAACUCAUAUGAGAGAGGGUUUACGGCCCUUACUAGAGUACCCACUCCCCUAUCCAGGACCCUCAUCCAACGGCACCAUCCGGGGCUCUCAUCCGGGGCCUUUAUUUCGCCGCCGGAAGUGAAAACGAGAAGCGCCCGCCUCCAGGUUGUCUAGAGCGGUCCCGGAAAGGCUGGCGCUGCUACGCGAACGAGGGUGUUCCUGAMGGGACUGUCGUUAGGUCCGCCUCUCUGCUCAGGUGAUGGUCAUUGUCCUCCAGAACAGGGAUGGAGGAAAUAUCGGCCCAGGAAGCAGCAGGAUCACCGAGGGUCCAGUUUCAGUCUUUGGAGACACAGUCUGAGUGUUUUCCCCCAGAACCUCAGUUCCUGCAGGACACCGACAUGGAACAGGGACUCACUGGGGCUCCACCUGUUCCCCAGGUGCCUGCUCUUCCCCACGAGGGAAGCCCAGGAGACCAGGCAGCUGCGCUGCUGACAGCCAGGUACCAGGAGUUUGUGACAUUCGAGGAUGUGGCUGUGCACCUUACUCGAGAGGAAUGGGGAUGCCUGGACCCUGUUCAGAGGGACCUCUACAGAGAAGUGAUGUUAGAGAAUUAUGAGAACGUGGUCUCACUGGGAUUUCCAAUUUCCAAGCCUGAUGGGAUCUCUCAGCUGGAACAAAAUCAAGUCUUUGAUCUGGACAUUAAGAAUAGAGAAGUCUUAAAAGAUGACUGCUCAGAUGGAGAGACCAGAGAAGAGAACAAGCUGUUGAUUGCUAAGCAGAGAAUUUCGGAAGAAGUACAUUCAUACAAAGUGAGAGUAGGAAGACUCAAACAAGAUAUUGCUCAAGUUCCUGAGACUAGAGAAGUAUAUAAAUCUGAGGACAGAUUAGAAAGACUUCAGGAAAUCCUAAGGAAAUUUCUUUUUCUGGAGAGAGAGUUUAGGCAAAUAACAAUCAGCAAGAAAACCUUCACCAGUGAGAAGAACAGUGAAUGUAAUGAACCCGAAAAAAGCUUCAGUCUGGACCCUACCCUUGAUGCAGAUCAGAGAGUUCUUAGAAUACAGAAUAUUGAUGAUAAUAAGUACGACAUGAACUUCAGCCAGGACUCGGCUGCUGGUAAACAUGAACACAUUAACCUGACACAGAAUUUUCAGAGUAGUGAAAAUAAAGAAAGCUUAAUGGAUCUCUCCCACCUUAGUAAAUGGGAAAGCAUUCCUACCACUGAGAAAUCCUACAAAUGUGAUGCUUGUGGGAAAAUCUUCCAUCAGAGCUCAGCCCUUACUAGACAUCAGAGAAUCCAUACUAGAGAGAAACCUUACAAAUGUAAAGAAUGUGAAAAAUCUUUCAGUCAGAGCUCAAGUCUUAGUCGACAUAAAAGAAUACACACUAGAGAAAAAUCCUAUAAAUGUGAAGUGUCUGAUAAAUCCUGCGAAACAUCUGAUAAAUCCUGUAGUCAGAGCUCAGAAGUAAUUCCGCAUAAGAAGAGUCACACCAAAGGCAAAUCUUAUAAAUGUGGCAGUUGUGAAAGAGUCUUCAGUCGUAGUGUACACCUUACUCAACAUCAGAGAAUUCACAGAGACAUGCCCUGUAAGUGUACUAUUUGUGGCAGAGACUUCUGUCAUACUUCAUAUCUAAUUGAACAUCAGAGGGUCCAUCAUCCAGAGAAAUCCUAUGAGUAUGAUGAAUGUGGGUUGGCUUAUGUUAAACAUCAAGGAAUUCGUUUCAGAGAAAAGCCCUACACAUGUAGUGAAUGUGGAAAAGACUUCAGAUUGAAUUCACAUCUAAUUCAGCAUCAACGAAUUCACACAGGAGAGAAACCACAUGAAUGCAAUGAAUGUGGAAAAGCUUUCAGUCAAACCUCAUGCCUUAUUCAGCAUCACAAAAUACACAGAAAAGAGAAAGCAUAUGAAUGUAAUGAUUAUGAAGAAAGUUUCAGUCAUAGCUCAGAUCUUACCCUGCAACAAGAGGUUCUCACCAGAGAAAAAGUCUUUGAUUGCGAUGCAUGGGAAAAGAACUUCAGUCAGAGAGCACACGUUGUUCAACAUCAAAGAAUUCAUACCAAAGAGAAACCUUAUGAAUUCGAUGAACGUGGGAAGACAUUUAGUCAUGUUCAGGCCUCAUUUGACAUCUGAGAGUUCACACCAGGGAGAAGUCGUGUACGUAUUGAAUGUGGCCAAGCUUUCACUCAUAGUCUGACUCUUAUCAGCAUGAGAGAUUCUCACCACAGAGAAACCCUUUGACGAUGACAAAUGUUGGAAAGCUUUUAAUGUUUAAACUCUUAAUUGGCUCUUGCAUGUCCAUACCAGUGAGAAUGUGGUAAAUUAUUUACACUAUUUUCAUACCUUAGUCACAGUUGAGGAAAUCAUACUAGAAUAAAAUUCCAUUACUGUAAUUAAUGUGAAGAAUUCAUUAGUCAGACUACCCUGGGUCAGWAUCAGAUUCAUGCCAUGCAGAAAAGCUGUCAAUGUAAUAAAUGAGUAUGUGUGUGAAGAAAUUCACUCAUAACCCAACAUUCAGUAUUAAAGAAUCUAUACCAAGAGAAGUCAUUUGAGUGUAGUAAAUAUGGCAGAUACUUCCAUAGAUAUUAAUCCAGUCUUUGUCAUAAGAACAUUUGUACCAGAUGAGAACCUAAUACAAUGCAGACAUACAAUGCAGACAGAGAAAUUUGCCACUGUAUUUCAGGCUUUAGCCAACCAACAUCAAAGUAUGGGAGAUAAAGUUGUUAUUAUUUGUAUAUGAAAUUGUUAGUAUUUAGUUCCAAUCUUUUCCAUUACAGAAGCUAGACUGAACUUGAUAAAUGCAGUCCUGUUUUCUCAUGGCAUUCUUGAAUUUAAUAAGAGAUCUAAAUAGUUAUGUAUAUUUUAUUUAUAGAAUUCAUUUAAGCUAUUUUGUAUUUUAACAUGGUCUAUACACAUUUUUAUUUUUCCAGAAAUUGGUUGUUUAUUCACAGCUUUUCUAAGAUAUUGUUAACACAAUACACCAUUGUUAAAACACUCCAACUUCUGGAAAGUAGCUCAGUUAACUUUUUUGCUGUUCUGGGCCCAAGUUCCCUCCACAACAGACUCUGGCUGCGUUUUUCUGAGGAACUUUACAGACAUAACCUUUGGUUUUUCAGAAUUAAGCACCUUCAGAUGAUGGUUUCUUAGUUUUAAGCUUUUAAUCAGCUGGUAUGGUAUUCCUAUUUUGAUGUUGCUAGUCUGGUAUCUUCUUUCCUAAAACAAAGCAUUGUCUUUUAAGAAAAUUGGAUAUCAGUAUGCAGCCAAUCUAUAAAUAUGGGGGAUUUAAUCUCCCUGAGUUUGUGGCAGGCAGCUAAACAUUUUCAGGUGACAUCCAAGUUUUUAGCUGCCUUGUCUGCAUCCACAGCUCUCCAAAAGAGAUGCUAAGGACAUCAGGGAGCCCAUCAGACUCCUGGUAGCCUAGCUAUAUUCAUUCAGUGCCUGUUCUGCAUGCCUAAGUUUAGAAUUCUUUUAUAUGCCUCUAUUGAAGGCCAGCAAAAUGCUCAGGUCUGCUUUUGAUAGGGCAAACAUAAAGAACAUAAAAAAAAAAUCAGAAAACUUCAUAAGGGAAUACAGCCUUCCAACAAAGAUGUUAUGUAAUAUCUCUAGAGACUAUUUCAAGAGUAUGGCAGGUCUGUUCUUAGUAAAGAUUUAACCAUUAGGAUUACUUUAUCUGUUUGUAUCCCCCACCCCUUUCAAUCCAGGAUAGUAUUUGAAAUGUGGGGCCUUUGUGUAUAAUUAUUUGUGUGUCAUCAUUUUUAUUUUCUUUUGAGAGAGGAUCUCACUUUGUUGCCCAGGCUGGCCUUGAACUCCUGGACUCAAGCAAGCCUCCUGCCUCAGCCUCCUAAAUAGUUGGAACUAUAGCCAUGGCAUUGGCUUAUAUUUUUGUAUUUUAAUAGAAUCUACAGGCCCUAUAAAAGAACAUAGAUUUUUAUUUGAUAAAACUGAUUACAGAUAUUGUCUCCAGAGUUCUGGGUCACUGUCAUAUACCUAAAGAGUUCAUAAUUUUUUAGAUGUGGUCAAAGCAUUUUAUUGUUUUUCUGUCUUAMGUUUCAUAACACCUUGUGAAUAAAACAAGUGUUACUUAAAAUUCUAGUUGUCAGUCCAGCAGUUGAGGCUUUCAUUGUUCAGAUGUUAUAAUAUUCACUAGAGAUCCUUAACAAAUAUAUAAAAAUAAAUUGCUCUAUAAGCCUUUAGUGGCUAACCUCUAGUCCAGUUCUGCCACUAUAUUUUGCUUCUGUGCCAUCAGCAAGCUUAGAAUCUCAUCAGGGCAAGGUAGGGAUCUAAAUGAAAUUGAUAUAUAAUGAUCUAAAUGUAAAAGCAACUGAAAAAUGCAUGKUUUUUUUCUAUCAAAUAUGUAUACCCUUACUUAUAGAGACCAAUAGUCAUCUCUGGUGACUAUGUUACAGAGGAUUAAGAAAUACCUAAAUAGCAUAAAAUGUAAAUCACAUGUAUGCAUUUGGUUUAGGAAUGUGCUUUUGUACUUCUACUUGAAUAAAGGUGUGCUUAAUAUUCUGAGAAUCUGUUUCAAACAAAAUCUGAAGGCCUCCGCCAGAAGCAUUCA